CAGAGCCAGGGUCCGACACGGAUCAGACCAGAUCUACACUGAAGGUCCAAGUCUGAAACAGAAGCUUUUCUCUCUCCUGGAGUCAUGAAGAUGAUGCUGGUUCCAAUCCUGCUGCUCUGCUGCGUCUGCCUCCCAACUCAAGCAGGUUCAUGGGGAACCAUAAAUGUCUCCGAAAAAGGCUGCUGUCAAAGUUUCAGAUCAACACCAAUUCCCUGGGCCCUUGUGAAGGAUGUGACACCGACGCCGAAUGACUGCCCUCACACUGCUUUGGUGGUAAGAACUGUGGCCAGAAGGUUUUGUGUCGACCCCAAGCUGCGGUGGGUGGAAAGACUGAUGAGGAAAUUCACCACAACAACAACGACCACCUCUAGUCUUCCUGCGGACGCUGACAACCGUCAAAGUCUAACUGCUGAGGACGUUGUGUCAAAAACUAAGGGGGUAUGUGGGCACAAUGACCGCAGUUUAUCCUCGCAUUAGCCUGAAUAUACAUGUUGUAUGCACAAGCAAACACUCUGUCACGCAAGUUUGGCGUGCGUUCAGUUAGUGUGAAGAUGUGUCUGUUCAGAGCAUGUUGUACACCACUCUAUACUGCACACCUGUGGUCAAACAACAUAUUGUACACCACUUUAUACUGCACACCUGUGGUCAAACUACAUAUUGUACACCACUCUAUACUGCACACCUGUGGUCAAACUACAUAUUGUACACCACUUUAUACUGCACACCUGUGGUCAAACUACAUAUUGUACACCACUCUAUACUGCACACCUGUGGUCAAACUACAUAUUGUACACCACUUUAUACUGCACACCUGUGGUCAAACUACAAAACAGCAAGCUUACAGCGGCUUCAAGUAGCUUAUAAUGCUGCUAUGAGAAUACUACUAAAAAAGAUCUAGAUGGUGUAGUGCAAGUUAAAUGUUUGUGGCUGAAGAAGUCACUACUGUUCAGGCUCUUCUAAGAACUCGCAUGUAUAAAUUUAUCUGCCGGCUCGAUGACUCUGAUAAUGUAAUCAUCACGAGUUUAACUAAUAUAAGAUUCAGUGCCACACGCUACCAAUCCCGGCAGUGGGACCACUGGUGUAGCUGCCUUCUUGUAAGACCCCAACUUGUUCCAUUUAUGUUAUUUUAUUGUGUUUACUCUGUGUAUUGUCUAGGGGUUUUGUCUUUUUUGGGGGGGGUGUUGAGGGGGGGAUUUCCCCCCUUUUUCUCCUCAACUGUAUCCGUCCAAUUACCCCAUUCACAGUGGUGACUGGCCAAAUAUCAAGAGAUGAAAAUCUACUUAAACAUGUUAAACACAAUUAAGUUGUAUAAUGCAAAUAAUGAUGAAAUAAAAGUGUUUUCAGUCUG